AAAAAGAAAAUCGAUUAGUUAUUCAUAGCUUUCCAAAUUCCUACCACCCAAAAAUAUUUCCUUUCUUAGCUGCCAACUCACGCAACUCGUCUCCCCUUAUUACCCUUCCCAACUUCAUCAUCCUCCUCACUUCACAUCUUCCCACCCCACAAACGAACUCAAGAAGAGAGAGAAAAACCAGACACACACAAUCUUCAACAGAGAGAAAACCAUGGCGGCAACUGUUUCAUCUGCUUGGGCCAAGCCCGGAGCUUGGGCCUUAGACUCUGAAGAACACGAAGAUGAGCUUAAGCAACCAAUCAUGGCCCAACCCGUUAAGCCCGAACCACCAGCCGCCGAUUUCCCCUCUUUAGCCGCCGCAGCCGCUGCUAAGCCCAAGAAGAAGAAUAAGGCACAAACCCUUUCAUUAGCCGAGUUUUCCACCUACUCAGCGCCUAAACCCAAGGCGUUUGUCGCGGGACAGAAGCUAACCCAUGAUGAGAUUCUGACACUUCCGACGGGCCCACGUGAGAGAACUGCGGAGGAGCUUGAAAGGCCUCGGCUUGGUGGUGGAUUCAGAAACUAUGGCGGCGGCGCGAGUGAUGAUUCUAGGGUUAGGGUUUCUGAUAGGGGUUCCAGCAGGGAUAGGGAUAUGGGCCCAUCGCGGGCUGACGAGGCGGAUGAUUGGUCCAAGACGAAAAAGUUUAGUGCUUUUGGCGGUGGUGCGCCGGAGAGGUCAGACAGGAGAGAGAAAGUUGGGUUUUUUAAUUCGAGUCGGGCUGAUGAGGUCGAUAAUUGGGCCUCUAACAAGAGUUUUGUUGCUGCUCCUGUUGAUGGGGCGAGGAGAGAGAGAAGGAUGGGGUUUGAGUCGUAUUCUAAUGGGUCGGGGCCGGAUUCGGGUAGUUGGUCGAAGCCGAGGGAGGAGAGAGGUAGUGGUGGUGUUGAGGCUGAUACGUGGGGCAGGAGAGAGAGUGUUGGCUCUGGGAAUGGGAAUGGAAGACCUAGAUUGAAUUUGCAGCCCAGAACUUUGCCUGUUGAGAAUAAUGACAAUGGAGGACAGAGUGUGACUCCUACGGAGGUUAAAGUGGCGAGUCCAGUGUUGAUUUUUACACCUACUGAGAAGGUGAAAGGGGCGAAUCCCUUCGGAGAGGCAAGGCCGAGGGAGGAGGUGUUGGCGGAGAAAGGGAAGGAUUGGAAGGAGAUUGAUGAGAAAUUGGAGGCUGUUAAGAUUAAGGAGGCAGGUAAUGGGGAGAAGAGUGAAGGAUUUGGAAGAAGGGGUUAUGGGCUUGGGAGGUCUGAGUCUGGGGAUGAGAAGACUGUUAAGAGUUGGAGGAAGCCGGAAUCGGCUGAUGCUGUUUCUUCACCUUCGGGUUCAAGUGCGGACACAACAGAGAAUAGUGCCAAUACAGCUGAUAGUUCUGCUGAGAGCACUGAGAAAGUUUCAGAAGAGAAUUGAAGAUCAUGAACGAUAUAGUAGCGAAAUGGAGACUGGGGUUUUGAUCGAUUAAGAAUCAAUUUUGAUAGUCGUCUUAGCUAGGAGGGUACAUUCUUUAGGACCUGAAAAAAAACUGAAAGGUCAUAGUGUUUGUGCUUUUUUUGGGUAGCAGGGUGGUCACUAAACUUUUAAGUGUUGAUGUUUGUUUUAACUUAUAACUACAGUUUCGUUGCUUAUGCUUGGAGUAUCUGGCUUUGCAAAAUUAUUUUUGUGUAAUAUUGAGUUAUUAUUCAUAUAAAAAGGAGCCAAUAACAGCAGGCCGCUGUUGCUGUGUUAAUUUUAGUUUUAA